AAAAAAUACAAUUCAUCUCUAUGGUGGAUCGACGUGGGGCGUGAACGUCUGCUCUGGGAUACUAUAAAUUAUUGCUGAACAAAAACUAUUUCAGCUGUAAAUAAGGAUUAAAAGAGGAAGAGGAGAGGCUGUGCUGAGAGGAAGCAAUACAAUCAUGUCUUUCGGGAAGGGUGACUUUGGCGACGGCGGGUCGAAUAACAGUUUCUCCACAUACCACGGUAGCGCUGGCAAAGGAUCUGGAUCCACUUCAGAUUUCAAUCGUCUUUCGCAGGGUAUUGCUGGAAAUGUGCACAAAAUCACACAAAAUGUCAGAGAAAUUGAAGGGUACAUUGCUAGACUGGGCACUCAUGAAGAUAAUAAAGGCCUUAGGGGAAAACUGGAUGAAGUACAGCACUAUACCAACCAGUUGGCUAAAGACACAAACAAGAUGCUCAAAGAUCUCAACUCCAUUCCACCUUCAUAUUCAGACCAGAAGCAGCAGAAGAUGCAGAGAGAGCGUCUGACAGGUGAAUUUACCUCGGCACUCAAUCAGUUCCAGAGGGUACAGAGAGAUGCAGCUCAGAGAGAGAGAGAUUCCUACGACAAAGUCAGAACAGGGUCAACGACCUCAGGAGGUUACGAAGAUCAUUCAAGUGAUACACUUAUAGGAGGGUUCGAAAGCUCAAGACAGGAUACAGGUAUGACUCAACAGAGUCAGGUCAGCUAUGAAGACUUUGAAGCUAUCAAGGAAAGGGAAUCACAACUCAAAAAGUUAGAGUCCGAUAUUCUUGAUGUGAACCAAAUAUUCAAAGACCUUGCUACCAUGGUCCAUGAACAGGGAGAUAUGAUAGACAGCAUAGAAGCUAAUGUAGAAUCAGCAGAGGUACACGUAGAACAGGCCAACACACAACUUGAGAAAGCAGUGACAUACCAGAAAAAGGCGAGAAGAAAGAAGUUCCUCCUCCUCAUCUGCUGUAUAAUCCUGGCUGGAGUCAUUGCUUUAAUCCUUUAUCUCUCCUUGCGAUAGAAGCCGUCUGUCCAGUUUCAAAUGCUCAAUGUCGUGGGAAAUGAUUUAAUCAUGGAAUAUAUAUUUGUUGUGUCACUAUUGCAUUGACUGACUCGCAGAAGGCCUCAUUGGAAGUUUUAUUCGCAAUGGAAGGACAGUUAAUAAUAGUAACAUGGACAAGCUCUUCGGAUUUGCGCUUCAUGAUUGUCCAGCGUGGUCAUAAUUGUAUAUGUACAUUGAUAUUAUUGUAUUCCUUACGUCCAGUCUUGUAUAUGUUUGUCGAUGAUUAUAUUUUUAUGAAAUGAUCUUUUCCUACAAAUGAAACGAAGAAAAAAUAUUCGGGGGCCCAUAUCAUAAAGGUUUGCGAUAGAUUGCAAAUAUGAAAGAACCUUUCUGAUUGGUCUAUGAUCAGUGUUAUGGACACAAUGUGCAUUUAACAAGGAGCUUGAUUGGCCUACUAGUAUUUUCGCUUUAGCGUUUGAUUGCAAACCUCUGUGUUAUGAGCCCCUAAAAUCUCCAUUGGAUAUUGCCAUUGGAUGACAAAAGCUUGUAUCUCAUAAAACCACGAGAGGGUAAUGUCUGGACAACCAGACAUUACUAUUUACUUGAUAGAUUAUUUAGUCUUUAGUACCACAAAGGUUUUCUUCAUGCCAUUUCAAGAUAUGAGGUUAUGUCACCAAAAUGGCAAUAUAAUGAUUGACUUUGUCGCAAAAUGAGUUCAAGUGAGAUGAUUUCUUCAACCUGGACUGAUUUUAUUGUGUAUCAUUUUUUAUAUGCAUUAUUGAAAUAUUACAAUUAAUGGCAAUCAUUGAUUUAUGUAUUAACUAUAGAAAGAUAUUUGAUAUUUUAAUUCCUAUUCAAUGAAUUGUUUAUUAACUAUAGAAAGAUAUUUGAUAUUUUAAUUCCUAUUCAAGGAAUUAUUAUGUAUGAUUAACAUGUGGUUUUCAAUGCUAUUCACACCCUUACCCCUCAGUCAAAAGCAAGACGGAAGAAAUUCCUGUUAUUGAUCUGUGUACUGGUACUCAUAGUCGUAGUAGCGCUAAUCAUCUAUUUCAGCGU